UGCUCCCAGAAUGGUUUCAGCUGCGACUGGCAGCAGUUCACUGUCCCGAAAAGGCAGGCAGUCCCCUACCCGCCGCCCGACUCUGCUACUGAGCGGCGCGCGCAGGCCCGUUCCGUUUGCCUCUGGGGAGGGAAGUUUGGGUUUCCUCCGUGGCGAGGGUGCCCCGGAGGCUGUCUGCAAUGAAAACGGUGGAAGUUCCGCCUCUUUUAGGGAGGUGACACCCCCCCGGCGCGAGCACCUUGCAUCGUCGCCGCCAGAGAAGUGCUGAGUGGCAAAGUGAGGGAUGAGGCUAGUCUCGCUGCCGGGCGGUACGUGCCCAAGCCUCUGUUUGACCUCCCCGUGGCUGCUGUAUAAGGCAUCCCCAAACUUGGUGGCUUCAAUCACGAGAAAUCCAUUCUCCCACAAUUCUGCAGGUCAGAGGUCCCAAAUCAGGCUCACUGGGCUGAAAACGAUGUCGACGGGGCGGGCCCCCUUCGGAGGCGCUGGGGGACCAGCCAUUCCCUGCGUCUUCCAGCGUCUGGUGAUGCAGAGGUUCCUUGGCUGGUGGCCGCAUGGCCGCUGUCUCUGCCUCUGUGGCCUGGUUACCUUCUCCUCUUCUGUAUCGAAUCUCUUGCGGAUUCAAUACAGAAUUGCAGUUAGGACCCGCCCUGAUAACCCGGGGACAUCUUCCCAUCUCAAGAACUUUGAACUUAAGUCACAUCUGCAAAGAUGCUUUUUCCACAGAAGAAUGAAAUGGAAGGUUGUGAAGCCAGAGAUUAAGACGUCACUUAGGAGAUUCUACUACACUGAUCCGGGGGAGAUUCGAAGAAACCGUCAGUGGGGACCGGCGAGUGGUAAAAGAGGUGAUCUGCCUUCACUGAGGCUCUGGAACUUGAUCAUCAUCUGUAAUUUUUUGCUCUCUCUCAUCACCAAGUUGCAGCAAUUUCAUCCUCGAAAUGACACUUGAAUCCAUCACUUCCUUUCUAUUUCAGUCAUCACAAUUCUGGGUCAGGCUCCCAUUAUCUCUGACUUAGAUGACUGCAAAAGCUUUUUAACCAGUCUUUUUCUCUCCAGUCUUUUCUCACUGCUUUUGGAGUUUUCUAGAGUGUAUGUGUAUCUGAUCAUAUCACGGUCCCGCUCAAAAACUUCAAACUCAUUAUUGCUUAUAAGAACCACCUGCCAUGAUGGGAUGCUAGACAACACAUGGGGUGGUGCAAAGGACUGGUUUGGAUGGUGGAAGCUUUGGAUUCACUUCUGGCCAGGUCUAGUUAUCCUUGUGAUCGUACGAGUUUCUCUAGCGACUUCUUGCUUCUUCAACUAUAAAACAGUAGAGUAGAAAUAGAUCUUCUUACAGGUCCUCUCCAGUUGUAGGUAUCUCAGUGGCCACAUUUCCACUUUUCUAGUCUCCUACUUUACCGGUCAGUCUUGACUUCCAGCAGUAUAACUGUGGUACCAUAAACACAUUCUGCGCUCUCUUGUGUGUCAUGGCUUCACAAUCACAUUUGUUUAACAAGUGUUUCCUUUCCUACCUGUCACUGAUUUCCCCUGUUGAAAUCUUACUCAUCUCUCAAGACCCACGUCAGAUUCAGCCUUCUCCACCAGUCCUCUCAUGAUCUCUUCCGUUGAAAUAAAUCAUUCCUUUGUAGAUGCUCUUGGAGCAUUUUGUUUAUAAAUCUUUGGUGGUUUUCUGCAGUUGUCCAAGUAGCUAUUUCUUUCUCCCCAGUGUACUUUAAAAUCCUUAAGGGGGAGGGUGCAUGUGUAUUCUUAUUUAUAUGUCUCCAUCUUGACACUUAACACCUGGCAAGAUCUCAGUUGAUAAAUGUUGCUUAACUGAAUGGACAUAAUAAA